AUGGCUAAAGUUGCCGGGAGGGAGGACGCCGCGAACUUCACCCUUCUCCCAAGCCGGCCCGGCGGCCCGGCCUCGUUCCGCUCGUGCGGCCGCGUUCGGUUGCCCGGACCCCGGGGCGCGUGUGUGACUGCUGCUUUGCUGCAUUUCUCACCGGGCGCCCCCUACUCACCGGUCCCCAGCUCCGAGCCGCGAAUCCCGGGCUGGUGUCGCUUCUUUCCCGCGGCGGUCAGUUCCGGGUCGCUCUCCUCCGCCAGCACCCAGCGCGACGGCGCGUCCCCGCCCGGAGGGACUUGCCCCACCCACAGGCCAUUCGUGCAUCCUCCAGCCACAGAGGGUAAAAUUCUAAACCAUCUGAAGAUUCUGAAGGGAGACAGGGACAGGAUUCGGAAUUUUCAGUCUACGGGACAACAUGAGAUUCAGGCCCUGCUGGCAAAAUUCCAGAACCACAAGCAAGACAUAGCAUCAGUGUUUGAGCAGGGCCAUCAGUUCCUGAGAGAAAGGGAGCAGUACCUGUUGAAGUGGCUGGAUGGGAUGGAGCAAGAGCUCACUGAAGGGAGGAACAGCCAUGUCACCAAGGGCUCUGGGGAGGUCAUCCAGCUUGAGACCCUGAUUUAUGAGUUAGAGAAGAAGGCUCGGCAGCCAGCACUUGAACUUUGGCAGAUAUCCCCGGUAGAAGUUCUGGAUUGAAAAGUCUACCAGUCCUCCAAUCAAAAAGCAGACAGAAGAAUUUUCAGAUAAACUUCUUUCUUUAGAGAAAGGACUCAAAGGAUUCCAUGUGAGGAUCAUCCUGAAUUCCCAGACAACCAAUGGCUACCUCUCAGUGUUUCCAAAUGGGAAGAGCAUGAUAUUCACUGGCUUGUGGAUGAACACAUAGCAGCAUGGUCAGCGAUUUGAUCUGGAGCCUGGUGUGCUGGGCAGUAAGGGCUUCACGCCCUUUGAUUUGGUUCUUCACCUGCCACUGAGAUACAGGUAUGAGAACGAGUGACGAUAUCAUAGGACUGCAGCCCCUGCCACGAAUAGGAAUUGAUUACAACAUCCAUAUCCAUUUCUAGAGCACCUUUUCUGUCACAUAAUUUCUCCUGUCAUCCUUCUAAGCAGCUGAGGAAACAGUAAAUGUUUUGCAACUCAUACCUGCUUACCAUUGAUACAUUAUGAGACUUGAGCUAUCUGGAGUGGGAAUUGGUUUAUUUCUUUCUGCUAUGCUCUGAUAAUUUUUUCAAAAAGAAGGGGAGAGUGGAAGCCAUGUGAAGUUCAGGUGUAUAUGAGUUUUUGGAGGUCACUUGGACCUGAAGUUCAGUCUUAUGUCAGCUGUGUUUUGAGGUGGUAGAAAUAGAUACUUAGCUUAAUAUUAAAUUAGUAGUCUUAAGUAUAGGCAGAAGAAAACAAACGGCUAAUUUUAGAAAAAGGAAAUUUAUUAAAUGUUACUGGGGCUGUAGAGUGUAAAGAGGGAGGGAUAUGUGUGCCUACCUGCUUUCAAAUUCUGCCCCAAGAGAGCUGGGAGUCAGUGUCGGCGCUGCAGUGAGAGGGAGGAGCAGCUGGGGGGGUCGCAGGGGUUGAGAGGAUGGUUGGAGUUGGCAGCACCUAAACAGAACAUACCACGCAUGAGGACAAGCUAGUGGAGAGGGGUUGUGAUCUGGUGGGGAGCAGAAGAGGAAGAAGUAAUGAACACACACAGGGGUCGAGCCAGAGCUGGGUUUGGCAGCAGCUAUCUUGGUGGAUUCAUAGACCCAGCUGAUGGGUAUAGUUCUCCUGGACAUAGAGAUGAGAAUGAAGAGUUGAGGAGGGAAUGGUCUCAGGAAAUUAGUGGAUAGAACAGGCCGUAGUUCUUCAUGUAAGUAACUCCUAAAGAAAAAUUUGGCAUAAGUGCACCAGAUUGCCAGAGAAUAGGAUGCCUGCCUUUGCCUCAGCAACAUUAAAGGUUAGGAAAGCAUGCUUUUGGCUUCUGUAACGAGAGGUGGUCUCAUCAAGACUCAUGUCGUUUAGCAUUCUGAAGACAUGGGAGCAGAUGCUAGUUGCCUAAGAAGAACGUCCCUUAUUUAAAUUGCUGGGUUCAAGAGAUGUGGGUAUACUUGCUCUGAUAGCUCAGUUGUAUAAGAAUGUUUUGUCAAAAAAAUAUGACCAAACAACAGAAGAUUCCUAUACCCUAUAGCUGUAUCUAUCAAUAAAAGCAAGUACAAGUCGAGUGCUGACGUUGUAUAUUCAGAUCCUCAUUAUAGAAGGGACAAAGCAACGUGCAAACAGAUUUUUUCUAUAUGGUGAGUGGCCAAAGGUUUUAACUAUUAUAUUCAAUGACAGUGCAGUCCAUGUUUCACU